UUCUAAAAACAAUGAGUAAAGUGCUGAGCCGCCUCGCUGCAACCCCCCCCCCCAUGAGCCCUGAUUGCACAGGGGUAUCGUGAUGCAUUUGAAAUUGUAGGCCUUUGUUUGGCAAAUAGACCACGGUGUGCAAAAGAAAUAACACUAUAAUUUGUUUACUCAAUUGAUAGCUAGCUGUUUCACUUGUAAGAGUACUCAAGAGAGCUUAAAAUAUAAUAGGAUAAAAGUAAUACCACCCAGAAGAUAGUUCAGAUCAUGAUUUGUACCUUCAUCUCUUUCCUUUGGUUGUUGGCUUUCCUCCGAAAGUUUUAAGUUAUCUCAUAAAAGUGGUGGGGAGUUAUCCCCCCCACCCCGCCAGGCUGUCUCGCUAGUGUUGGGGGAAAGUCUGAGACUCUAGGAAGCCCCUGCACCAUUAGCUGUGACUGUAAUGGUGGUCAAGUCACCACCCAACCCUUGCGCCUUGAGAGUUCUUAUCUUGUAUACUAACUUUAUUAUGUCUCAUAGUUUUCUUGUUUUUUGAAAGGGAAACCGGUUUCUAGCUUCUCAUGGGAGACUGCUAGGGUUAUAGUGUUGUGUUUUUAAAGCUAGAGAAACAGGACCAUUGUUUUUAAAAAGCAAUCCAAGAACUUGAUUUGCAUUCACAUGUGUGGCCCUUCCUAUCAUUCCUUCAAAUGUGAGUUGGUAUGCUAAUGGUGUUCCUAGCUUAGAUGUGACCCAACGUCACAGUGGUGAUUCUGCAGUUUCUGCAUUGUAGAGUGCAUCACUAGGCAGCAAUGGCCACGACUCGGUGGUGUGCAGCACCUAGCACACUGACACCAUGUAAGAAUUCAAGAGUAGUUUGCAGUAAUAAAUACUUCAUAAGGGUGCAUUCUAGACUUUCAAAGUAUUGUAUAUCUCAGUGGCCUUUGCUCUGGCUUUACAUUAUAUGGAUAGUAUUAUCUUAAUAUUGCAGAUGGGGAAGAGGCAGAAGAUAAUCUUGGAAGCUAAGCAGGGUCAGGCCUGGGCAGAAAUGGGAUGGGUGACUUGAGUGUAUGAUUCUAUGAUUAUUGCUGUCAACUACCUAGAGAGCUUUGGCUAUGGGCAGUAUAAAAAUGUAAUAAUAAUAAUAAUAAUAAUAAUAAUAAUGCCCACCAAAGGCAGUAAAGUAAUUUUGUGCCAGGAGUGAGAGUUGAAUCAAGGGCUCUCCUUACUUUCACUGAAUUACCUGCCUUCAGAGAACACUGUGACAUAUGACACAAUAUAUCCAUGACCUGGAUUGUGUCUAACCAGUGAUAAACAACAAUAGGGUUUAAUUAUAGCUGUACUAAUAGUGGUUUCAGUUUGUUGAAUAAUUUCAUUCUCGUUCCUUAAUUUUCUAUUUUCUGAGAAUAAAGUCUGGGUGUGGAGUGGUGUUAUUUGGAAAAUAAGUUUGCAAGAAAGCAUCCAGUAUGAGUAGCUUUUUAUUUUAGCAUGUGUUACCUUCAGAUAUAGUUGUAUUACCUAUUCUUAAAGUUACUUUACUGCUGUACAUGAAAUUAUAAAAAUGAUGUAAUGCUGUAAAAUUAGGGGCAUAGAAAGCUCCUAUUGUACAUCUAAUUGAAGCUUAAACUUUAAAAUUCUCCUCAAAAUGCUUGACAAUAAGAAAGUUGAAGAAUAAGGCUGUCAAUGCCAAUAUCUCUCCCUUGGUAGGCAUUCCAAAGUUGAGGGGCCAUCUCAGAGAGGGCUCUGAUUGUAGGUGCGCAGUGUAUUCCCAGUGGUAUUAUCCAGAGGACUGACUUGUCUGUAGACAUUGCAGACCUUUAUGUACCAGCCUCUUUCUGCUAGUCCUUGAUGGUGAUCAUCACUAAUGCAAUUUUUAAUGAUACAGCGGCUGGCAGAAUCCCAUUUCCUUCCUCUCAAGGAGAGAUGCCUAACUGCUUCUAGACUUGAGUUGAAAGACGAAAAGGACAUCUGCAUGCGGCCAGUGAAGAUGCUCUUUGCUUCGAUACCAGCUAUUUAAGCUGAAUGCAUUGUGAUUUCCAGUAAUUGAGACAGUGAUUCUGAAAGCUGUCUACAUUAAUGAAAAGAACAAUGUAGUCAGCUUAAUUGAAUCAUCAGUGUUGCAUAUUGAAUAGAGCAUGACAAAUCCUGUCUUGAUGGACUUCUGCAUGUUAGGAAUAUAGAUUUAUUUGCCUUUUUUAUUUAAAGCCUUGUUUUCUUUUGUAAGUUUUAAUUAUGGAGAAUUACGAGACUGCACCUCCCCUCCCAAAAGAGCCAGCAACAGAAGUGAAUGUGGAGAAUGAUUCUUGUCCCCCACCACUGCCGCCUAAUGAACAGCCCCCACCACCUCCCCUGCAAACGUCCAGUGACGCAGAGGUAAUGGACGUUGGCUCUGGUGGUGAUGGACAGUCAGAUACCCCUGCUGGGGACGUGCACACUGUCGGCAGGACACAGCUUCUCACAAAGGGAUCUUCAUGCUACAAAAGUCGUCUUAUCAUAGAUCCUAAUAGUGACCAAAGCCCAAGAACUGCUCGUCACGCGCCUUCAGUCAGAAAGUUCACCCCUGAUCUUAAAUUGCUUAAAGAUGUAAAGAUUAGUGUUAGCUUUACAGAGAGCUGCAAAAGUAAGGACAGAAAAGUUCUGUACACUGGAGCUGAGCAAGAUUAUGAGACAGAUUCAGAUCUAGGUGUUAAUAAUGUCAAUGGGGAUAUGCAUGUUUGUCCUCAUGCUGGGGGUAGUAAUGGUCAAGCUACAUGUGCAGCUAGUGAAAACGAUGACAAAAAGGAGGAUGAAAAUGAUGUAGAUCAGGAAAAGCGAGUGGAGUAUGCAGUUCUGGACGAUUUAGAGGAUUUUACUGACAAUUUGAUGGAAAUAGAUGAAGAAGGAGGGUUUGCAUCUAAAGCAAUCGUACAGAGAGACAAAGUGGAUGAAGAGACCCUAAAUUAUUCUUACGAGGAUGAAUUUGAUAAUGAUGUGGAUGCUCUGCUGGAAGAAGGCCUUUGUGUUCCCAAGAAAAGGAGACUUGAUGAGAAAUAUGGAGCAGAGAGUGACCAUCAGUCUGAUGGAGAAACAAGUGUGCAGCCAAUGAUGACCAAAAUAAAAACAGUUCUUAAAAGUCGUGGCCGCCCUCCUACAGAGCCCUUGCCUGAUGGAUGGAUCAUGACAUUCCAUAACUCAGGCAUUCCUGUAUAUUUGCACAGAGAAUCCAGAGUUGUUACCUGGUCUAGACCUUAUUUCUUGGGAACAGGAAGCAUAAGGAAACAUGAUCCUCCUCUGAGUAGCAUUCCUUGUUUGCAUUAUAAAAAAAUGAAGGAAAAUGAGGAAAGGGAACAAAGCAAUGAUAUUACCCCAAAUGGUGAAGUAUCACCUGUAAAGCUCACAGAUAAGUCUUUAGAAUUGAACUGCCAAACUGAGGAGCCGGACUCCACUGCUGCUGAUUCUGGGACUUUAGAUGAGAAAGACCCGUCGGGGGGAGAUGCGGCACAAGGAGCCUUAGGUCAAGUUAAGGCCAAAGUUGAAGUGUGCAAAGAUGAGUCAAUAGAACUUGAAGAUUUUAGGCACUAUCUUGAAAAACGUUUUGACUUUGAACAAGUAACUGUAAAAAAGUUUAGAACCUGGGCUGAGAGACGGCAGUUCAACCGUGAGAUGAAGAGGAAACAAGCAGAGUCUGAGAGACCCAUUUUACCAGCCAAUCAAAAACUUAUUACCUUGUCUGUACAAGAUGCACCCACAAAGAAAGAGUUUGUUAUUAAUCCCAAUGGGAAAUCUGAAGUUUGUAUCCUGCAUGAAUACAUGCAACGAGUCCUAAAGGUUCGACCUGUUUACAAUUUCUUUGAAUGUGAGAACCCAAGUGAGCCUUUUGGAGCCUCAGUUAUUAUUGAUGGAGUAACUUAUGGGGCAGGAACCGCAAGCAGCAAGAAACUUGCCAAGAAUAAAGCUGCCCGAGCUACACUGGAAAUCCUCAUUCCUGAUUUUGUUAAACAGACUUCAGAGGAAAAGCCCAAAGAUAGUGAGGAACUAGAGUAUUUUAACCAUAUCAGUAUUGAGGACUCACGGGUAUAUGAACUGACCAGUAAAGCUGGACUCUUGUCUCCAUAUCAAAUCCUUCAUGAGUGCCUUAAAAGAAAUCAUGGCAUGGGUGACACAUCCAUAAAGUUCGAAGUGAUUCCUGGUAAAAAUCAGAAGAGUGAAUACGUCAUGACAUGUGGGAAACACACUGUGCGUGGCUGGUGCAAAAAUAAGAGAGUUGGAAAGCAAUUGGCAUCUCAGAAAAUCCUUCAGCUGCUUCACCCGCAUGUGAAAAACUGGGGCUCUUUAUUGCGCAUGUAUGGUAGAGAGAGCAGUAAGAUGGUUAAGCAGGAGACCUCUGAUAAAAGUGUGAUAGAACUUCAGCAGUAUGCCAAAAAGAACAAGCCAAAUCUACACAUUCUGAACAAGCUACAGGAAGAAAUGAAGAAAUUGGCACAGGAAAGAGAAGAAACACGAAAGAAACCCAAGAUGACAAUUGUAGAAUCUGCUCAACCUGGCAGCGAGCCUCUGUGUACUGUUGACGUGUGACCAGAAAGUAUAACAAUCGGGGAGCAAUAAAAACACGAAGAUAAUUUUUCCAACAAUUCAGAAUUGGUUUGCUUCAGAAUGCAAAAUAACAACCCAAGUGGCUCCAAAUAUGCAUUGUUCUUUUGCAUCAGGGCAAUUUUGCAUUUUUUUUUAACUUCCCAUCAUUAACAUUUAUACAGAAGAGCAAAAAUCUCUGUGGGCCAAUGUGUAGAGGGCAAGAGGCUUGUUUGUUCAUAUAGGAUAAAAUGAAGCAAGCACGCCUCAACUCCAAAAAGUGUCCAUGAUUUUUGAAUGGAUAGGUUUGAAAUUUAAAUUUAGAAUAAGAGUGGAACGAAUGUAAAAUAUAGGAAUACGACUACACACUCUUGUAGGAACACGCUGACAACUUUUUUCCCCUGAAGAGCUUUGUUGCAUUUCAGCACAGAAUAAUAUGCACUGGUAAGACACUUUCAACAACUACAUUGAAAAAAGUGGAGAACCAUGUUCUUUAAUGCCAUAAAAGGUAGGCCAGUUGUGCUGCUUGUUGAUGAAUUUUGACAGGCCUUAGGACUUUUAACUGUCUCGUAUACCACUCUCCUCCUCCUCUGGACAAGAAAAGAGAACACCAAGGUAUGGGCCUUUUAAAUUGGUUGUCUUUUUUUAAAAAAGCAUAGGAAGCCAUGAUUGUUUACAUAUAACUCAAACAGACGCCUAUGGCUCUUUAUUUGCUUGCUACACUGAACCUCGGGUAACUCUGGCUGUGGUUUAGCAAGCACCAUGCUCUGCAGCCUCUAUUCAUUCUGGUGGGACUCAUGAGAGAAUCCUCCACAAGAUGCAUCAGAAUGAACUGAGAAUGCGCAUCAGCCGUGUGCUUGGCAACUCAAUUAAAGAUCCAGCUACACCGAGCAUUCCAACAAACACUUAAAACAGAAAUCUAAUAGCAUUUCUUACAGCUAUAAUCUUUCAGCAAAAGAAAAACUGUUUCCUUUGUGGCUUGACUGUCGGAGGUCAGGAAAAUCACUGGAGUAAUUUUAACACUUUAAAGUUGUCACUGGCUUUGUUUUAUUAAAUGUUUAGCAUUUUCCGAGUAGUUUCUGCUGCAGAAACUAUGAGAAUGUAAAUCAGGGUGCAUCAUGGAGGACUUUAAUAAGACCUUCUGCAUACAUUGUAUUGAGUUGAAAUAAAGAACAUAAAUAUGCAAGUUUUGUCUUAUAUACAGUUUAUUAAGCUGUCGGUACUUGGCUACAAAAUACUUUUGGGUAGCAGAAAGAUUGCUUUUCUCAGUGCAGCCCAGUAAUUUAUUCUGGAAAUAUAUCCUUAUUUUUUACACUACAAAAAGACUAGAAGGAAUGAUAGCUAUCUGCUUCAGUGCUGCUGACUUUAGUCCCCUUUCCAAAAUGUCUCUUAAUACAUUGUCUUUAAUUGGCAGUGGCCAUUUGGCGUAGUGUUCUACCUCCAGAUGUCCCCUGCUGCAACAUGCAGGAACAUGCAUUAGGAGGCAGUUUAUUGUUAUACCAAUAAACUACUCAGUUGAACAUGAGUAGAUACAGAUGUCCAUUUGCAAAGCAAUAAUUUAAUCAUGGGGUACCUAUAACCACUUGGUAAGCUGCUUGCUUGUAUCAUAAGACUAGCUUUCUACACCUAAUUUGAAAUCCAAGGUCAGGUGUAAUUCUCUUAUUACACAGAUGCGUACUCACUAUGAUGUACAUUACUGCUUGGCAAAUAGUCAUUUUGAAUCACUUGGUUUCUCACCACCAAUAGAGAGCACUUGGUGUGCUUGGGAAAUUGCAUGUAAUAUUGGAAAUGAAUCUUUUAAUGAAACACGAUUGAACAUUUUCCCAAGCUGUUAAGUGUUGUCUACCGAGCCACAGGAGACUAUUUUAGCCAGUUGGAGGCCUCUGUUUUUAAUAAGUCAUGCUUAUUCCUGGAAAUCUUCACAGUAGUAAUGAGCCCAGGCUAACACCGUGACUUAUAGCUGCUGCUACUCAAGCUGAUAACUUGUUUUUACCCCUAUCUGGCCACAAAUAAUACUUGCAGUGCAAAUGAAUUUGCUCCUCAACCGUCUCUCCUGAAGGCAUGAUCGGCCACCUGUUCCAAAUGCACUGCUGCUGUACUACAGAUAGUCUAGCUUUAGUCUUCAUCUUUGUACAUCAGUGGUUUAGUACUAAAAAGUUAAUGAAGUCAAAUAGGCUCCUUUGCAUGUGCAUCAUCUUUUCGCUUGGGGAAAGGGUUUGUGUUGGACAGCACUUUCACAACAAAUUAUCCCCACCUAUAUUUUUUUUCCCAAAUAAGGAAUGUUUUGCAGGUUAUCUGCAGUGUCCAUGGAUGCAUCAUUCUAGAAGUAUUUGCCACACUGACCAUCUUUAGUCUUACCUCAGUCUGCCAAGAUCUGAAAUCCUACAAAAGUUACCACUGCCCUUAAAACAGUCAGAUGCACCGUUGUGAACCAAAGGCUAGUACAAAUUAUGCAUUCUUUAAAAAAAAAAAAAAAAACACGAACGUGCUGCAGUCUCUGGCAAGAUGUUCAGACAAAGCGCAAUAACUCCUGGAACAAACUAUGUAACUGCUGUUGUCACUGUGAAGUAUUCUUGUAUUUCCGAUGUUUACUAUUGUUUGAAGUGUAAACAGUUGCAUUUGCACAUAAGCACAAGCUGCUAUGAUAGAGGGUAGAUUAUUACAUUAACUUCAGCUUCUGCAUGAAUACUUAUGCAGUGUGAUUCAAGACAUCAAAAUUGUUGCGUAACUUGUAACCUACGUGUGGUUUUUUCUAGUUAACUGUCAUGGUUUCGAUCCCAACGAUGCCUAAAGCAAAACUGCAUCAGACCUUAUUUCUUUCUCAUUGGAUCAGUACACUGAUACAUGGAUGGACUUCACUGAUAAGCAACCAUUCCAUCCUCUAGAAAUAGCUUUUACUUUGCAUAUUAUGUGCUGCUUGAGAGAUGUAAGAUACCGACUUGAAAGAUACAAUUAGUACUUGUUUGAAUGUUUAAUAUUGAGUGAAAAGUUACUAACUUCCAUGGAAAAUCAGUGCUACCCACUUAAACUACUAGUGGCUCAAUUGAAACUAAAUCAAUUCUAGUGCUUGAUUUCCACCUGCUGGAAACGAAUCUCUGGUUCUAACAGUCAUCACACUUGCAAAAGUAUUUCUUUCUAACCCUGUUUCCAUUUUAUACUAGUCUGUAUUCUUGGUUUUCAUGAAAGAACGGGGAAAUUAAUAGCUUCCUGUAGUGUCUGUGGGAACAGUUCCAAAUUAAGCCAGUCUGCCUGCCUUUUGGAACAACUUACAGUGAUCAAUUACAGUAUUGUAUUUUGAAAAUGAAUGUGACCAACUUGAUGUUACUGGGUGCUGUAUGAAUUAUAUGUUGAGUGCAGUUCUUUGAUGCCAGUACUCAGUUGGUACAACUAUAAAGCCUCUUUUCAUUCAGCCUUUGUGUUAGGUCUUUGAAUACUUGUGUUCCCCUGCCCCAAAUAUUAGUUUUGAGCAAUAAAGUUUGAUAUUGCAUAAUAUUCUGA